UCGAGCCUUUUCGCCGAUGUAAGACCGUUAUGUGGUUUUCUGGUUUGAGACUAGAACUUCCAAAAGGGAAACGGGAGUUAUCUUUAACAGCUUCUGUCACGUCCAUGGUCACUUCUGGAGGCCCGAAGCACCGAAUACCGGCCCCACUCGGGUACUGCUUCCCGGCUCUGCCACCUUCACAGACCCGGCCGCUUCAGGUCUACCGAGCCCGGAGCGACCUAGGGCCCGCCUCCGCUCCCCGCGCAUGCGUGCUGCAGACGCCACUGGUCGCUGUCCAGGAGCCCAGGAAUCCCUGGGCUGCUCAACCCUCGGAGUAAGGGUGAAGACAGCGAGCUCUGGCAACUGUGGACUCUGCCUGUCCAGUAAAGGAACCUUGAGGAAAACUGACCCAUUCUUGCAGUUCUAAAAUCAUGGCUCAUGAUUUGGUGAUGUUCAGAGACGUGACUGUUGACUUUUCUCAAGAAGAGUGGGAAUGUCUGACUUCAUACCAGAGAAAUUUAUACAGAGAUGUGAUAUUAGAGAACUACAAAAACUUGGUGUCACUAGCAGGAUGUUCCAUUUCUAAGCCAGAUGUGAUUUCCUUACUGGAACAAGGGAAAGAACCCUGGAUUGUAAGGGAAGAGAGAAGAAGAUGGAAUCUGGAUUUGGAAUCUAGGUAUGAUACUAAGAAGUUAUUUCAAGAAAAGAAAGUUUAUGAAAUGAAUUUAUGUCAGUGGGAAAUCAUGGAAAGAAUCCAAAGCCAUGGACUCAAAGAGUCCCUUUUAGGAAAAGACUGUGGAUAUAAAAUGUUUGGGGAACAGGAGGGUCCUCCCAGGGUCUAUUUCAGGCAAGGGAGAAAAACCACCACUGAGAAAAUAGCCACUUACAGAAAACUGGAAUCCCUUCCUCUCUACCAGAAAAGCUCUAACAUUGCCAAGCCUUAUGAGUGCGGGGAUUGUGGGAAGGCUUUUAGGGCGCGCCAGCAGCUGACUUUCCACCAGAGAAUCCACACUGGUGAGAAGCCCUAUGAGUGUAAGGAAUGUGGGAAGACUUUUCGCCAGUGUGCCCACCUUAGUCGGCAUCAGAGAAUUCACAUGUCUGACAGACUCCAUGAGUGUAAAAAAUGUGGAACAAUCUUCUCCUGCAGCUCAGACCUUCGCAUGCAUCAGAGAAUUCAUGUGGGCGAGAAGCCCUACGAAUGUCAGGAGUGCGGGAAGGCCUUCAGAGUGCGGGGCCAGCUGACCCUCCACCAGAGGAUCCACACCGGCGAGAAGCCUUACGAAUGCAAGGAGUGCGGGAAGACCUUCCGACAAUAUGCACACCUCACCCGACACCAAAGACUCAAUUUUGCUGAGAGGUGCUAUGAGUGUAAGGAAUGUGGCCAAGCUUUUCUGUGCAGUACAGGCCUUCGGCUGCAUCACAAGCUUCACAUUGGCGAGAAGCCCUACGAUUGCAAGGAGUGUGGGAAAGCCUUCCGGGUGCGGCAGCAGCUCACCCUCCACCAGAGGAUCCACACUGGUGAGAAGCCCUAUGAUUGCAAGGAGUGCGGGAAGACCUUCAGUCGUGGCUAUCAUCUCACCCUCCACCAGAGAAUCCACACAGGGGAGAAACCCUAUGAGUGUAAGGAGUGUCAGAAGUUCUUCCGUCGUUACUCAGAACUCAUCUCCCAUCAGGGCAUUCACAUCGGGGAGAAGCCCUACGACUGUAAGGAGUGCGGGAAGGCCUUCCGGCUCUUCUCCCAGCUGACCCAGCAUCAGAGCAUUCAUUUUGGUGAGAAACCCUAUCAGUGUAAGGAGUGUGGGAAGACUUUCAGACUGCUCUCCCAGCUCACUCAGCAUCAGAGCAUUCACACUGGCGAGAAGCCUUAUGACUGUAAGGAGUGUGGGAAGGCCUUCCGGCUUCACUCCUCCCUUAUUCAACACCAGAGAAUUCAUUCUGGUGAGAAACCGUACACGUGCAAAGAAUGUAAGAAAGCCUUUAGACAGCAUUCACACCUCACAUACCAUCAGCGCAUUCAUAAUGUAACUUAGUUAUAACCACUUCCUCACUAUGAAUGUUCUAUUAAGAACAUUAGAAAAC